AAAAACAUUAGUUCCCGAAAUCAAACUAGAUGUCGCUACGGUACUUUCUUGAUUUCUCCAUGAUAACACUUCCGGUUUUCUUUCAUGUAUAAAAGUAAAUUAGUUUUAAAAACUCAAUAAACAACUCAUAUGCUAUUUGUGCUUUUUCGUAUUGAUAUCUAAGUUUCGAAAUUUCAGUUUUUUAAAUAUGUUAGUUAAAAGGAACGGAAAUUACUAUCUUUGGUCCAUUCGUUUCCUGCAAAAAUCAAGUUUUGGUAGAGUCGCCUUCUAGUGAGGUGUAUUUGUACUUUUCGUAUUUGUAUUGAUAUCUAAGUGUCGAUGAAAAUUUCAGAUUUUUAAUAUGUUAGGUAAAAGGAACUUAAAUGACUAUCUUUGGUCCAUUCGUUUUCUGCAAAAACCAACUUUUGCUAGAGUCGCCAUCUAGUGGAAGUGCUAUCUAGCGCUUUCUUUUUUAAAUACGUCCUCAUUAAACGUUUUCUCUUCUGUCAUUGUCCAUUUGCUUUAGGCAGCUAAUGGUUUAACUACGCACAGUACUGUUAGGAAUUUUACCCAAAAAAACAACAUCUUGGUUGUGUUGCUUUCCGAAUUGUUAACUCCAUGUUUUGAAUAACAAAUGAUAUCCCUAGCAGACAUUUUAUUAUCACAAACAGUAGUUUUGGUGAACACAUUCACAUUUACGACCACACAACGAAUUUAUGUCUAGAAUAUUUAAUUUUGAAUGAAUCAACCUCUAUAGUGAGUGUUAUCAAGGUUUGGUAUGCGGGUAGGUAUUUGUUCAAGUUAAGGAAAAUAACUAGUAGGAGUCCAUAGUAAAAGCUUUGUCAUACAAUACAUACAAAAGGCAGAUGCGUUUUCGCAAAACUCGUCAGUGUUACACACGCCGUCAAUUCAAUAUGUCUCGUACAAGCAUUCUCGUUUUAUUACUUUGUGUUGUUGCAUUUGCUAGUAAAUCCGUGAAUUCAUCUUUAAUUUUACCUAAAGAUGUGAAAGUUGAGAAUGUCGCCACAAGUGAAAUACCACAAAAUGAAAUUUCAAAGGAUAAGGUGGAAGAUGUCAAUGUCGAAGUAAAUAAGCCGACUGAGACCAAAUGUGUUAAAAUUGGGGAAUUUGUAAGUACUGUCUUUAUAAUAAUGCGAAGUAUCUAAUAGAACUUAGGUAGAUAUUAGAUGGCGGUUAAUGGAAGUUUUAAAAAUAAAUACUGCUAAGUAUUAAGUUCACUUAACUUGAAAGAUAGUAGUAAAGAUAUUGAUGAUAAAAUUAUUUCAAAUAUUUAUAUUAAUACUACAAAUAAUUAUUUGUAGAUUAUAAUCUAACACAAAAAAGAGGACAAAUUCCGUAAGUAUAAUAUAUUAUUAUUUUUAUUAUUGCAGUGUAUGAGUCACAGUGAUUGCUGCACCAACGCCUGCCUCGGCUACUUGAAGAGAUGUGUAUCAGGAUCUGGUUAAAUAAAUAAAAUUCAUACGAUUAUACAUAUAAUGCGGCUAUAGUUAUUGUACAUUUUUUGCGAUUAACAGUAACUUCCAGACAACAAGGACGUCUUUAUAAUGCAGAUUUUAAUGUUAAUAUAGGAUGGUUAAGAUGCGACAGGUCUGGCGGAUUUGCAGCGAAAUGCUGGAUUUCUUUCAUAGCAUCAGCAGAUAUCUUCCAUAAAUCGGGAUAAUUCUUUUUGAAAUCGUUGUACCAUUUGUUCAUCUGUAAAUUAGUACAAUUAUUAAAAAUAUAUUUACAGCUUAUUUUUGACUUUG